UCCAAGAUGGCUGCGUCCACAGUGCGGCGCUUGUGGCCUCUGGUGGCUGCUCGGAGCCUGCGGCUCCGGGGAGGCUGCGUUUGCAACCAGAGCCCAAGGAGAAGUUUCGCUACGGAGAGACGAGACAGGAACCUCCUGUACGAGCACGCGCGUGAGGGCUACAGCGCGCUCCCUCAGCUGGACAUGGAGCCGCUGUGCGCAUACCCGGAAGAGGCCGCGCGCGCCCUGGAGCUCCGCAAGGGGGAGCUGCGGUCGGAGGAUCUGCCCGCGAUCAUCGCGACAUGGCAGGAGCUGAGGCAGCUGCGGGAGCAGAUCCGGAGCCUGGAGGAGGAGAAGGGGGCCGUGGCUGAGGCAGUGCGGGCCCUGCUGGUAAACCAGGACAACAAUCAAGUGCAGCAGGACCCCCAAUAUCAGAGUCUGCGGGCACGUGGCCGGGAGAUCCGGAAGCAGCUCAUGCUCCUGUACCCCAAGGAGGCCCAGCUCGAGGAGCAGUUCUACCUGCAGGCGCUGAGGCUGCCCAACCAGACACACCCAGACGUGCCCGUCGGGGACGAAAGCCAGGCCCGAGUGCUCCAUGUGGUUGGAGACAAGCCAGCUUUCUCCUUCCAACCCCGGGGCCACCUGGAAAUAGCUGAGAAACUCGACAUCAUCCGUCAGAAGCGUCUGUCCCACGUGUCUGGCCACCGCUCCUAUUACCUGCGCGGGGCUGGGGCCCUCCUGCAGCACGGCCUGGUCAACUUCACACUCAACAAGCUCGUCCACCGGGGCUUCACCCCCAUGACGGUGCCAGACCUUCUCCGAGGAGCUGUGUUUGUGAGUGAGGACUCUCGGUUCCCCACGCCCAGCCGUGUGUCAGGCCCCAUUCUGAGGGCUCCAGGCUGUGGGAUGACACCAAAUGCCAAACCAUCCCAAAUUUACAACAUCGACCCCUCCCGCUUUGAAGACCUCAACCUGGCCGGGACAGCAGAGGUGGGACUUGCAGGCUACUUCAUGGACCACUCCGUGGCCUUCAGGGACCUGCCAAUCAGGAUGGUUUGUUCCAGCACCUGCUACCGGGCAGAAACAGACACGGGGAAGGAGCCGUGGGGGCUGUAUCGAGUGCACCACUUCACCAAGGUGGAGAUGUUUGGGGUGACAGGCCCUGGGCUGGAGCAGAGCUCGCAGCUGCUGGAGGAGUUCCUGUCCCUUCAGAUGGAGAUCUUGACAGAGCUGGGCUUGCACUUCCGGGUCCUGGACAUGCCCACCCAGGAGCUGGGCCUGCCCGCCUACCGCAAGUUUGACAUCGAGGCCUGGAUGCCGGGCCGAGGCCGCUUUGGCGAGCCCACCCCACCCCCAUGCCCAGGUCACCAGUGCUUCCAACUGCACGGACUUCCAGAGCCGCCGCCUCCACGUCAUGGUCCAGACGGAGGCCGGGGAGCUGCAGUUCGCCCACACGGUGAACGCCACAGCCUGUGCUGUCCCCCGCCUCCUCAUCGCCCUCCUGGAGAGCAAUCAGCAAAAGGACGGCUCGGUGCUCGUGCCCCCUGCCCUCCAGCCCUACCUCAGCACCGAUCGGAUCACGACCCCCACCCACGUGCCUCUCCAGUACAUCGGCCCCAACCAGCCCCAGAAGCCCAGGCUCCCGGGCCAGCCUGCCUCGAGCUGAGGACUCAUCCUCGUUGGCCAGUAGGGUUGUCGCUGCUUCCUGGAGCUUGGGGUCGCUGGGCCCCUGGGACCUGUUGUCCUGAGCCGUCCCGACAUUUGCCUUCAUGUCAGCUCCCCGCCUGGGCCCCUGGACUGCAGAGUCCACCACUCUGAUGCCCCUACUUCCUCGGGAUCAGUCAGUGACCCUGUUGUCGUUGGAGCUCCCAGCCUGCGCUGGGAAGCAGUGGUUCCUCCAAGGGGACUUGGAGGUUCUAGGGAUGGGGGAAGGAGAGGGAGAGGAGGCCUCCGUCCCUCCUUGCUUCUUCCCGCCCUCAGUGCUUAAGAGAAAGUACCCCAAUAAAUGGUCGGAACAAA